AUGGAACACGUUGCAGUGUAUGAGCUUCACGGUGGCGACGGCGACGGUGCAGACAUAACAUUCUUAUUCAACGGCAAGGUUAUGUCGGUGUCAAUAUUUCCCACCAACGGACCAUCAACCAAGAGCACCCUGCACCUAGGUCCAGGUCGUCCUCUCCAAGAUCACCUUGUUGAUGUUAUAUCUGAGGCUAUUACCUGCAAGAACCACAAUGAGUAUGAGAAACUCGUCGAUGAAGUUUUUGGUGUCAUUCUCGAAGCUGGAAGGCCACUUUUCUCUAGUUUAGGAUCCAUCACCCAGCAAUCCCAAUCACUUCAUGAGCUGCUUUUCCCGGAGAUUAUUUACUUCCGUCUUCAAGCUCCGGCUAUGUACGCUACUAUCCUCCCAAUCGACCCCAGCGAAGCAAACAGUAUUAUCGCUAGCGAUCCAGCCUUUACCGACAACUGGGAUGAGAAGUUGAAAAUCCGAAGGGAAUUGCCUUGUUUUACUCCCGACGAAAUGACGGUCACCAAGGUACUUCUGCGCGGUUUCAAUAGUGUCACCGCCGCUGUGCGAGUACAUGGGAGAGACUUGUUCUGCAAGGUGGUAGCCCGGCCAAGUGGACUGUGCGGUACAGAAGAAGGACGAGAGCUCGAAUAUCUGGGUGAGAUAUCAAAGGCAUUCCAAUAUCCGGAUACGAUACAGGUUCCUCAAUUUCUUGGCUACGUUCACCAUAAGGAGACCCAGCAGAUUCUAGGAUUUCUACAAGAAUGGGUUCAUGGAUCUCGACUCAGCAAUAUCAAUAUUACCACCAGGAACAGAGGAAAAUGGAUGGCUCAGAUUUCGCAAACUAUUAAUCGUCUUCAUGAACAUGGAUUGUUCUGGGGUAACGGAAAACCUGGUAACGUUCUCAUCGAUGACAAGGAUGAUAUAUGGCUGAUCGGUUGCGGGGGUGGAUUCAUGUAUGAGCAUAAUCAAGGGCGGCUUGAGAUAAUUGAGAGAGACCAGAAGGCCUGCACGGAAAUUGCAGAAUUUCUAAAUGGGGGCAACGGCACGACAUUGUCGGGUUGA